CAAUAACCUUGGUCUCUUGUCCGUCAGAAAUUUCGCUGAACUGCGGUUGUCUAUCGAGUCGCGCGCUUCUCAUAUUGAAUGGGAGACAGCACACAUCAUGUUAAGAAACUGAUUUGGUGACGCGACGCAUGUCCUGAUUUAGGGGCUUCAUCUGCGUCUGGACGUCUCGUCCUCUCCCACCCUUUCCCCCAUCUCUCACGUUUCCGACCCCGUCUCCGACAAUAUCAGUGAGAAGGAUGGCUACAAAAAGAAAAGCUGCGGCCAUGACCGCCGUUGAAGACGAUGAACCAGUAGACCCUUCAGAUGAGCUUGUGUUUAUUGGGUUAGGUGGAUGUCAAGAGGUCGGCCGAUCAUGUCAUAUCCUACAAUACAAGGGCAAGACUGUCAUGCUCGAUGCCGGCAUGCAUACAGGUCGAGAAGGCAUGUCUGCUAUGCCCUAUUUUGACGACUUUGAUCUGAGCACCGUGGACAUCUUGUUAAUCAGCCAUUUCCAUCUGGAUCAUGCGGCUGCACUGCCUUACGUGCUCGCCAAAACCGACUUCAAAGGACGAGUCUUCAUGACGCAUCCAACCAAAGCAAUCUACAAAUGGCUUAUCCAGGACUCGGUCCGAGUGAGCAAUACCACAUCAACCUCCGAUCAGAGAACCUCGCUUUAUACCGAAGCUGACCACAUCUCCACUCUACCUCAAAUCGAGACGAUCGACUUCUACACAACACAUACGGUUUCGGGCGUCCGCAUCACACCGUAUCCGGCCGGACACGUCCUUGGAGCUGCCAUGUUUUUGAUCAACAUCGCUGGACUCAAUAUCUUCUUCACCGGGGACUACUCUCGAGAGCAGGACCGACACCUUGUGGCUGCCGAGGUUCCAAGCUCUGCCAGUGUAGGAAAGAUCGAUGUCCUCAUCACAGAAUCCACAUUUGGCAUCUCGAACGCGCCUCCGCGCGCCGAGCGGGAAACUGCUCUUCUAAAGUCUGUUUCCAACAUCUUGGGCCGUGGUGGGAAAGUUUUGAUGCCAGUAUUUGCUCUGGGUCGAGCACAAGAACUGCUGCUCAUCCUCGAGGACUACUGGCAGCGGCACCCGGAACUUCAAAAGUUUCCGAUUUAUUAUACCGGCAACACGGCACGAAAAUGCAUGGUUGUGUACCAGACGUAUAUUAACGCGAUGAAUGACAACAUCAAACGCAUCUUUCGAGAGAGAAUGGCCGAGGCUGAAGCCGCUGGCAAUGCCAAAGGUGUCAGUGCCGGCCCCUGGGACUUCCGCUUUGUGCGAAGCCUGCGAAAUCUAGACCGGUUUGACGACGUGGGAGGAUGUGUAAUGUUGGCUUCGCCCGGCAUGAUGCAAUCGGGCAUGUCUCGCAUUUUGCUGGAGAGAUGGGCACCAGAUCAACGCAACGGAGUCAUAAUGACUGGUUAUAAUGUCGAAGGAACCAUGGGCCGGACUAUUCUCUCGGAACCAGAGAUGAUUCCCGCCAUCAUGAGCGGUGGAAACACCGGUCUGGGCCACACCAUGGGUCGCAGAAACAAAGAUGAUGAUGCCGCAGUCAUGAUACCUCGACGGUGUUCGGUGGAGGAAUUCCAGUUCGCAGCCCACGUUACAGGAGUUGAGAACGUAGAAUUCAUUGAGCAAGUCGCUGCACCCCACGUUAUUCUAGUCCACGGCGAACGUUCUCAAGCGGCACGACUGAGGUCGAGACUGCUGGAUCUGAAUUCCCGCCGGUUGACGAGCAACCCAAACGCACACCAAACAAAAGUAUACAGCCCAGAAAACGGUGCGGAGAUCAAGAUCGCCUUCAGGAAGGAUAAAGUGGCCAAAGUCGUCGGAAAGCUGGCGCAGAUACCUCCUCCAUCAUCCGCCGAAUCUGAUGACACGAGAGUGAUCAGUGGAGUGCUGGUACAGAACGGCUUCAAACUCAGCUUGAUGGCGCCGGAAGAUCUUCGCGAAUACGCCGGCCUCACGACAACCACUAUUUUGUGCCGACAACAUAUUACCCUUGCUGCCGCUGGGGUGGAACUCAUCAAAUGGGCUCUCGAAGGCACCUUUGGCAGCAUUGAGGAGGUUGGUCACAUCAAAACCGAACCAAACGGACACGCUGUCAAGGCGGAGACUGACGAGAGAAAUGGAGAAAACGGAAUCAAGGCCGAAGAAGAGGCCGACGAGGAAAUCGUCGCGGAGCCGCCGCGCACAUUCCUCAUCAUGGGGUGUGUCACUGUCAAGUGGUCGGGACGAGAGAAACAGAUCGAACUCGAAUGGGAGGGCAACACCAUGAACGAUGGCAUCGCAGAUGCAGUGAUGGCGGUGCUGAUGACAGUGGAAAGCAGUCCGGCAGCCGUCAAAUACUCGUCGCGCAAGGCAGCCCAUUCACACCACGGCCACGAGCAUGACAACGGCGUCGAGACGCUGACCAACGAACUCACCAAGCUCUCCCCGCAAGAUCGGUUCUCGAGACUGUGCAUGUUUCUUGAAGAACAGUUCGGUGAGAACAUCACGCCCAUAGACAAACCGCGCACAGCCUACCCACCACCAGACCGCAAAGCCCUCGUGUCCGGGGCCGAAGGAGUGAAAAAGGAGGACGAGGACGAGGGCGAGGACGCGGAGGAGCCGGAUGAAUCAGAUGAGGAGGCCGAUUUCGAACGUGCUGAGGCAGCAGAGCGCGCGAGGCUGGCGGCGGCAGGGAUUCCCGUGCCGGGACUGGAGAUCCGAUUCGACAAACAUGUGGCAAGACUAUGGCUGGAGAAUCUCGACGUGGAAUGCGCUAAUACCGUGCUGCGGGAUCGCAUCAAAGCCGUCGUGGAGAGGGCCGUGGAAACCAUCGCGCCUCUCUGGGCCGUCCACGACCAGCGCACCAAGGUCGGAGUCUGAUUGCUGUUCUAGAUAUGGUCGGCCACCGAGUUCCUCCAGACGCCACGGGGCUCGACCAGUCCAUGGAAGGAGAGUAUCCACUCCCGUGGUGUUUGAGUAACAACACAAUGACGAGCAAUCGGGGGCGCAAAGACAAGCAAGUGACUCUGCUGUGCUAGCAUCCACCGCAAACACCUUGUUGGAAAGUCAUAGCACACUCUACAUGCCAGGUCGUCCGUUAUAUCUGGACUGGCCCGAUGCAGCAGGCACAAGCGUGAACGGGGGGUUGAGAUGCAGUCUCCCCCAUCCAGCAGUGGAUCUCGAAAUCUCCUUGCCCAUGGCAUAUCAUUGGGUUCAGACCACAACCCCCCAGAUGACAAAACGUACUUCUGCGGGGAACCACACACACACAAGCACGAAGCAACGUACGGCGAUAGCCACCCCCCCCCCCCCC